GGAGCAGUCCUCCAGCGAAGUGCAAAGAGAAGAAGAUGGCUGCAGCGGGGAUUUUCAGGCCAGUGUCUGGAAACGGGGCGGCCGUCGUCAUGUUCGGGGACGGUUAACUUAAGCGCGGCGUCGCCGCAUUCCCGUUUCUCCGCUUGCUCAAAGAUCCGAACCGGCGGGCGGGGUACUAGUACGGGGAAAAAAAAAAAAAAAAAAAAAAAAAAUCAUGGGCUCUCAGACGCUGCAAAUCCUGAGGCAGGGCGUGUGGGCUUCCAUCACGGGCGGCUGGUACUACGACCCGCACCAGAACACGUUCGUGAACGCGCUGCACCUCUACCUGUGGCUCUUCUUGCUCUGCUUCCCCUUCACGCUCUACAUGGCCCUUCCCCCCACCAUGGUGAUUGUAGGCAUCUACUGUGGGGUUAUUGCUCUCAUGUUCCUCCUGCUGAAGACUGUGAAUUACCGGCUGCACCACGCCCUGGAUGAGGGAGAGGUGGUGGAACGCUGGGCAGCACAGACCGGGGGCAGCAGGGCCAACACCAGGGGAGCUAAUGACGGCAGCGCUACCCGCCAGGAAGACAGCAAUGGACCAGGGGACCCAGGAGGGGGGAUGGAGAUGGCUGACUUUGUCCGUGAGGAGACCCCGCCAGUGGACUGCAGCUCCCGGAAUUCCUUUGCCGGUGUAGACUCCAGUCACCAGAUUGCAUCCACUCACGGCGGUUUGACCACAGCCAAAGGGGGAGAUGUGGGGAAAACCUCAGAUGACAUUAGCUUGAGUCUUGCUCAGAGCUGCAGCCUGUGCAAGGAAGGUAGCCAGGACCAAGACUUGAUGUCCGAUCCAAAGAUGUACUGCCUCGUCUCCAAUGAUUCUUUUGCCUCCAUGCAGCCCUCCACUUCUCUUGGCCCCCCAGAUCUGGCCAGAGACCCGGUGGAAACCGAGGGCAUGACCCCUCUCACACAGUCACUGUCAUCUGCCUGUGACGUAGAUUCCAACUCCCUUGGCCCACUGCACUCUCAGUCGUUCCGGAAAGAGCCACGGCCUCGGGGCCUGCCUCGGACCUCCAGCUCAGCUGGUCCAGCAUUUCCUGAUCCCUCCUUACCUGAUUUUAGCCUGUACCCCCCACCUCGCAGGGGUGGGCUGUAUCCAGUCUGUGAGCUGGAGGCAGCCAGGCCUUCACGAGGUGGAGAGGGCGAGGGGAAUGCAGAAGGGGGUGGAGGCAGUGAGGCCGUGGCUUCCACCUCAGGGACGGACUGCUGCAGGAUCCAGGAGUCUUGCAAGCUGUCGAGCUCUGCCUCACGUGAAGCUGGGGUGGAUGGUGGGGCGGGGCUAUACCAGGGUGAAAUGGGUGGGGGACAUGUCUCGGGGAGCAAGUCACUGAUGGGCGAGCGCAGUGCAGACAGCCUGCGUAGUCUCAGCACACGUAGCAGUGGUUCCACGGAAAGCUACUGUAGCGGUACGGACCGCGACACCAACAGCACAGUGAGCAGCUUCCACAGUGAGCAGACCAGCUCCACACAUGUGGAGAGCCUCCUGUCACUCUCAGGCGAUGAACGGGCUGUGCGUGAGCGUGGGGAUGGUGGUGCUGACAGCAGGACUUCCAGUCACAGCUGCGGUCCCCGGGGGCCCAGUGGUCUCCCGUCUGGAGAGGCCAAUAAGAACCCCCAUGCCAAUGAGCUGAUGGCCAAGCAGCCAUCUGAUGGCACAACACCUGUGCCCCAGGAAAUAGCUGAGCCCUGCACCUGCGUGGACGACCCUCUGUCCAGAGCAGCUGCUGAGGGUUCUGCACGCCUGGUGCUUCGUGAUCAGGAGCAGGACAAGGAGGAUGUUCGGCCCAAGUCGGCCAGCCUGAUCCAGCGGGCCUCGUCCUCAGCGGGCCGGAGUGGGCGUCGGAGGACGGGCAAGAAGCGUGCCAGCAGUUUUGAUGCCAGCCGCCACCGUGACUAUGUGUCAUUGCGGGGCGUGGCCAAGCCACGCAGUGCCGCCUUUGCUGGGGAGGAAGACUCAAGUGACCAGAGUGAACUGAGCUGCGCCUCCAGCUUGCAUUCUGCACACCACUUCAGCACGGACAGCUCCUCCAGCACCACCUCCCACUCCUGCCACUCGCCCGAGGGCCGUUACGGCGUGCUCAAGGCCAAGCACGCUGCCGCUGUGGCUGCUGCCCUGUCCUCGGGGAAGGGUGCCACUGGGCCCGAGAGGCGCCGUUCCUCCCGCCGCACCCCCAGCACAGGCAGCGCUAAGACUCACGCGCGUGUUCUGAGCUUGGACAGCGGCACAGCCGCCUGCCUUAAUGACCCCAACCGAUUGGGUGCCCCUCCUGGCCCGCGUCCACUCACCACCUCCAAAUCGGACCUGGAGGCUAAAGAGGGUGAGGUUCUUGACGCUGUGUGCCUGCUGGGCCGGGCCUCGCAGCUGGAGUCUGUCACACGCUCCAGAAACAGCCUCCCUAGCCACACCGCCUUUUCAGAAUCCCAAGAAACCACCAGCUCUUCGCGUGCCCUGGGGAGUGAAGAGGCCGUCACGUUCCGCCGUGAGCGAAGUACGUUCCGCCGUCAGGCCGUGCGGCGACGCCACAACGCAGGCAGUAACCCCACACCCCCCACGUCCCUCAUUGGAUCACCUCUCAGUCUUCAGGAAGCUCUGAGCCAGGUAUCCCAGCCUUCUACUACCCAGGUGAAAGGGCAGCCGUCCCGUACCCCAUCCCAGGUGACCGUGCUGAGCGCGAGCGCCUCCCUGCUGGCCAGGAACGGAAGUGUGCACCUGGAGGGCUCUCAGGACAAGGCCUCAACUGCAGGCACCACUAGCCUGCAGGAUGACUUUGGAAAGCUCACCCCUUCCCUGUACGAAGCUGGCGGCUGUGAUAUGUCCCUAGUUAACUUUGAACCCGCAACCAGACGAGCCUCAAACAAUAUCUGGGACACAGACUCCCAUCUUUCCAGUUCUACCUCAGUUCGUUUUUACCCUCAUGACCUGCUCUCUCUUCCUCAGAUCCGUCUGAACCGUCUCUUGACGAUGGACCCAGAGUUGCUGGAGCAACCAGAUGCUGACCUGAGUCCUGAGCUCCAGGAUGCCCCACUGGGCCCAGAAGACUCUUCUGCCACUGCAGCGGCAGCUCGCAAGGCCAAGCAGUACUACCGCUUGUGGCUUCUCCCCUAUCUGUGGGUGGGCCUCCACUUUGACCGGCUGACACUGCUGGCACUGUUCGACAGGAAUCGGGAGGUUCUGGAGAAUGUGCUUGCGGUCAUGCUGGCUGUCCUUGUGGCCUUUCUGGGCUCAGUUCUGCUGGUGCAUGGCUUUUUUACAGACAUUUGGGUCUUUCAGUUCUGCCUGGUCAUCGCCAGCUGCCAGUACUCUCUCCUUAAGAGCGUUCAGCCAGACUCCUCCUCUCCUCGACACGGCCAUAACCGGAUUAUUGCGUACAGCCGACCUGUGUACUUCUGCUUGUGCUGUGGUCUGAUCUGGACUCUGGACUACUGCAGUGGGAGGACAAACUCAAACAACUUCACCCUGUACGGCGUGGCGCUGACCAGCUCCCUGGUGCUGGCCUCUGCCCGUGACUUAAUCAUAGUGUUUACUCUAUGUUUCCCCAUCGUGUUCUUUGUGGGGCUCCUGCCACAGGUGAACACAUUCCUCAUGUACCUGUCCGAACAGCUUGACAUCCACAUAUUUGGGGGCAAUGCCUGCACCAGUCUGCCCUCUGCCAUCUACAGCGUGGCCCGCAGCAUCGUCACAGUUGCGCUGCUUUAUGGACUGUGCUACGGAGCCUUGAAGGAAUCAUGGGAUGCUCAGCACAUCCCUGUACUUUUCUCUGUGUUCUGUGGCCUACUGGUGGCUGUAUCGUAUCACUUGAGCCGGCAGAGCAGUGACCCUUCUGUUCUCAUUUCACUAGUUCAGUCUAAGAUAUUUCCCAGCCUGAAAGAGAAGAACCCAGAGGACCCCUUAUCUGAAGUGCAGGACCCCUUGCCAGAAAAGCUUAGGAACUGUGUUAAUGAGCGGCUGCAGUCGGACCUGAUAGUGUGUGUACUCAUUGCUGUCCUGUACUUCGCCAUUCACGUCAGCACAGUAUUCAUCGCACUGCAGCCAUUCCUGAGCUAUGUUUUGUAUACACUGCUGGGAACAGUGGGCCUGUUCAACCAUUACCUACUGCCCCAAGUCCGCAAACAGUUGCCCUGGUACUGUUUCUCUCAUCCUUUGCUCAAGUCCAAGGAAUACUACCAGUUUGAGGUCAGAGGGGCAGCCCACGUGAUGUGGUUUGAGAAGCUGCAUGUAUGGUUGCUCUUUGCUGAGAAAAAUGUUCUCUACCCACUGGUUGUCUUGAAUGAGCUCAGCGGCAGUGCGCGUGAGCUGGCCAGCCCCAAAAAGCUGGAUACAGAGGUGGGUGCUUUGAUGAUUACGGUGGCUGGUCUCAAGCUGCUGCGCUCCUCCUACAGCAGCCCCACAUAUCAAUAUGUAACGGUGCUCUUCACCGUCCUCUUCUUCACCUUCGAUUACCAUGCCCUGUCAGAGACCUUGUUGCUCGACCUCUUCCUCAUGUCCAUCGUCUUCAGCAAGCUAUGGGAGCUCUUCUACAAACUGCACUUUGUCUACACCUACAUUGCCCCCUGGCAGAUCACCUGGGGGUCUGCCUUCCAUGCCUUUGCCCAGCCGUUCGCCGUGCCUCACUCUGCCAUGCUCUUCGUUCAAGCAGUUGUGUCCGCCAUCUUCUCCACACCCCUCAACCCUUUUCUGGGCAGUGCCAUCUUCAUCACCUCCUAUGUUCGCCCUGUCAAGUUCUGGGAGAGAGACUACAAUACAAAGAGAGUGGACCAUUCCAACACCAGACUGGCUUCCCAACUGGACAGGAACCCAGGCUCAGAUGACAACAACCUGAAUUCAAUAUUCUAUGAGCAUCUCACCCGCUCCUUGCAACAUAGUCUCUGUGGAGACUUGCAGCUGGGCCGCUGGGGAAACUACGGAACAGGUGACUGCUUCAUCCUGGCCUCUGACUACCUCAAUGCCCUGGUGCAUCUGGUUGAAAUUGGGAAUGGCCUGGUCACCUUCCAGCUGCGAGGACUUGAGUUCAGGGGAACAUACUGCCAACAGCGGGAGGUGGAGGCCAUCACAGAAGGUGUGGAGGAGGAUGAGGGCUGCUGCUGCUGUGAGCCAGGCCACCUACCGCACGUGCUCUCCUUCAAUGCUGCCUUUGGACAGCGAUGGCUGGCCUGGGAAGUGCUUGUCACAAAAUACGUGCUGGAAGGCUACAGUAUCACUGAUAACAGUGCAGGCUCCAUGCUGCAGAUGUUUGACCUGCGCCGCAUCCUCACCACCUACUAUGUCAAGGGUAUCAUUUACUAUGUAACGGCCUCACCCAAGCUAGAGGAGUGGCUGGCCAAUGAUACCAUGCAGGAGGGCCUGCGCUGCUGCAUUGAGCGCAACUAUGUGGACCUGGACCCAACCUUUAACCCCAACAUUGAUGAGGACUACGACCACCGCUUAGCAGGCAUCUCUAGGGACAGCUUCUGUGGGGUCUAUCUCAAUUGGAUACAGUACUGCAACAGCCGCAGGCAGAAGCCUCUGGACUGUGAGAAGGAUUCUGCCCUGGUCACUCUUUGUUAUGGACUGUGUGUACUGGGCCGGAGAGCACUGGGCACUGCUUCGCACCACAUGUCCAGUAACCUGGAGUCCUUCCUGUAUGGACUGCAUGCACUCUUCAAGGGAGACUUUCGUAUUUCUUCCGUUCGGGACGAGUGGAUCUUUGCUGACAUGGAGCUGCUGAGGAAAGUUGUUGUUCCAGGAAUUCGCAUGUCGCUAAAGCUGCACCAGGACCACUUCACAUCCCCAGAUGAGUAUGAUGAACCAGCUGUUCUGUUUGAGGCCAUCUCCUCCCACCAACAGAACCUCGUGAUUGCUCAUGAGGGUGACCCAGCCUGGCGUAGCGCAGUGCUCUCCAAUUCACCCUCCCUCCUUGCCCUGCGACAUGUCCUUGACGAGGGCACCAAUGAGUACAAGAUCAUCAUGCUCAAUCGCCGCUACCUCAGCUUUCGUGUCAUUAAGGUAAACAAAGAGUGUGUGCGUGGCCUGUGGGCGGGGCAGCAACAAGAGCUUGUCUUUUUGCGGAAUAGGAACCCUGAGCGUGGCAGCAUUCAGAAUGCAAAGCAGGCACUGCGCAACAUGAUCAACUCAUCAUGCGACCAGCCGAUCGGUUACCCCAUCUAUGUCUCUCCGCUGACCACUUCAUACUGCAACUCUCAUGCUCAGCUUGGCCAUAUCCUGGGAGGCCCGAUUAGCAUUGGUAACAUCCGCAACUUCAUCGUCAGCACCUGGCACAGGCUACGAAAGGGCUGUGGGGCAGGCUGCAACAGCGGUGGGAAUAUUGAGGAUUCGGAUGCAAAUGGGGGCAUGUCCUGUGCCAGUGGGAAUGGGACAGGGGUGAGUGACUCCCAGCAGAGCUCUGUCUCUCAUACUGGAGUUCAAGGACCUGCAGCUCCACUGCCCUACCAGCCACACUCCCUGGGCACCAGCCACAGCUCUCAGUCGGUGCAGUCUGGCCUGGUCCGUCAGUCCCCAGCUCGGGCCUCUGUUGCAAGCCAGUCUUCCUCCUACCGCUACAGUAGCAGUCGGCACUCAUCCUUGCGUACCUCCGCUACGGGCCUGGAGCCUUGCCGCCGAUCCUCUACAAGCCAGCUUUCCUUGCGCACACUGCCCACUUCCCUGCAGUUGCGUCUGGGACCGGACCCUGCAGGGCCUUCUGCCUCACUGUCUAGCCACAGCAUCCCACCCUGCAAACGCCAUACUCUGGUAGGCCUGCUGGGUAGCGAGGGGUUGUGCCACACCGACCCAGCUAGCCACCACCACCCAACACUUUCGGCUGUCCGCCGGGAUGACAUCUCCUACAGGGUGCAGAUUGUGGAUGCCAGUCAAGUACUGGAGAUGAUCAAUGUGUCAAAACGCAAAGAGCUUCAGUGGCCUGACGAGGCCAUGAGACUGAAAGCUGGACGCAGCUAUUGGAAGGACUGGAGCCCCCAAGAGGGCAUGGAGGGACAUGUGAUUCACCGAUGGGUGCCUUGUAGCCGAGACCCAGGCAGCCGCUCCCAUAUUGACAAAACCAUCCUGCUGGUACAGGUGGAGGACAAGCUGGUGCCCAUCCUAGAAGCUGGGGUCAUUGAGCUGGGUGCAGAGGUGUAAGUGUACUUGCACAGAAGAUGAUACAGUCAGAGUUCCACCUAGACUGCAGGAAGUCUGCCUGUGCAGAGAACAGAAAAUGGGUAACGCCCCCCCCCCCCCAAUCCCCGAACUCCCACCUUUCAGAUGUCUAGGGGCAAAAAGCAGGGAAAGGUGUGAGUAGAUGCAGAACACACUUCACAAGACUGCUUUGCUCUGCGUCACACAAAUAUGCUGCAUGACAGUUGGACUCCUGUUAAACAUCUUGCAUCUUAAGUUGACCAUUACUGAAUUUUCUAUGCACCUCAUGAUGACGUUGACUGACAGCACAGAUGGGUGGAUUUAAGGUUCUGAAAAUAUGGAGAGAGGAGAACCAAAAAAUCCAGUGUGAUUUCAGAUGACUUGCCAAAAACGGUCACAAACCAGAAAACCAUGAUUUCCACAUAAAGCAUGUUUAUAAUUUUAUUUUGAAUUUAUUUAUUUAUUUAAUUUUCUUUUCUUUAUUUGCCAUGACUUUAAAGAGUUUAAUAAUAUAGUAUAUCAGGUGAAUGGAAUGCAGGUGCUGUAGAUUUAAAAACACUAUCCGAUUUGCUUUCAUUGUCAUUCCUAUUUGUUUGAAAAGUUGGAAAAUCAUUUGGAGAGAACUUGCACUAUUUUUUUUAAUUAUUAUUUACAGCAAUGCACUAUGACUUUAAAGCAACAUCUCAUUAUUUAUUAUAAACAGGAAAUGACUCUUGAAUCUGUGGUUUACUGAUGCCUUGGGAAUGAAAACAUGCAAUCAUUUUUGUUAUUUUGCCAUCUGUGUUUAUCAAGUUUUUCUUUAACUUGAAGUUUUUACCAUAUAUUAUUAUAUAUAAAUAUACAUAUAUUAUGUCAUUAUAAAAAAAAGAUUUGAGUAUUUAUUACUGUGAACAUGCUAUUUACAUUUUGUUACAUCCUUUUAUUUCAUUAAUGCGACAAACAAAUGUAUCAAGGACCACUGGUUAGAACAGUAAGACUAACUUCUGGUGGACUGUUUCUCAAUUUAACUUAAUUCUUUUAUAAGUGGGGAAAAAUAAAGAACGAACAUUUUGAUUUAUUGCUGCUGCCUGGUAUAUUUUUAAAACUCAGUUCCUUGCAACACUUUUCAAUAAGGUAAAAUAUUGGUCUUUGUUCCCUAUGGUUACAAUGGGUUCAUGAUUUAAUGCCGAAAUAAACCACCCAAACCUUUUCCUGGUACAGCAGGA